AUGAAAAAAGAUGGGGUGGUUUCAGUUUUCCUUGGCCAAAAGAAGCAGCUUCACACAACAAGGUCAUGGGACUUUAUGGGAUUCAACAAAAAAGUUUUCAGAUCAUUCAUUGAGAGUGAUAUCAUUGUUGGAAUGCUUGACACUGGGAUUUGGCCCGAGUCUCGAAGCUUUAACGAUACCGGAUUCGGUCCGAUUCCAAAGAAAUGGAAAGGCACCUGCCAAAGCUCGGCCAAUUUCACCUGCAACAAAAAAAUCAUUGGAGCAAAAUAUUAUCGAGCUAAAGGAGAUUUUAGUCCAUCCGAUUUUCAGUCCCCGAGAGACUCCGAAGGUCACGGGACUCACACCUCAUCGACAGUGGCAGGUGGCUUCGUUAGAAAGGCAAGUUUAUACGGUCUUGCCAAAGGGACGGUUCGAGGAGGAGUCCCGUCGGCCCGCAUUGCGGUUUACAAGAUUUGUUGGUCCGAUGGUUGCUAUGACGAAGACAUUCUUGCUGCGUUUGACGAUGCGAUAGCCGAUGGUGUUGACAUUAUAUCGCUUUCUGUUGGGAGUAUUUUCUCGUCUGAUUAUUUUGAUGAUUCGAUUGCUAUUGGAGCAUUCCAUUCAAUGAAAUAUGGAAUCUUGACAUCUAACUCUGCUGGCAAUUUUGGUCCUACUCCUGUAUCGAUUUCGAACUUUUCACCUUGGUCUUUAUCAGUGGCUGCUAGUACCAUUGACAGAAAGUUUGUCACUAAAAUGAAGCUCGGCAACGGAGAGAUCUAUGAGGGAACCUCUAUAAACAUAUUUGAUCUCAAGGGAAAAAUGUACCCUUUCAUCGCUGGUGGAGCUGCUCCCAACACUUCACAAGGUUAUACAUCUGAGGACUCCAGGUACUGCUUCCCGGAAACAUUGAACAGAACCUUAGUUGAAGGAAAAAUUGUUUUCUGCGACUAUUACACUGACAGCACCUCUCCGAUUGAAGCCGGUGCCAUAGGUGCAGUGUUCCAGACCGGCGUAUACGAAGAUUAUGCUUUCAUUUAUGGUUUACCUCUUUUGAAAUUGAAUUUGGAUGAUGGAAAAAAAGUUUUCGGCUACGUGAACGGGACAGAAAAUCCGACAGCAACUAUAUUCAAGACUCAGGUGGAAGAUAAUCAGUUUGCCCCGUUUGUUGUUUCGUUUUCAUCAAGAGGGCCUAAUCCUGUUACAGCAGACCUCCUCAAGCCUGAUCUUACAGCACCAGGAGUUGACAUCUUAGCCGCAUGGUCCGAAGCUGCCCCUAUGACAGACACCGAAGAUGAUACGAGAAUUGUUCCAUACAACAUUGUUUCAGGCACAUCCAUGUCAUGUCCCCAUGCAACUGGUGCAGCCGCUUAUGUUAAAUCAUUUCAUCCAACAUGGUCCCCAUCCGCCAUUAAAUCUGCUCUAAUGACAACAGCUUUUCCGAUGAGUUCCUUGAACAACAUCGAAGCCGAGUUCGCAUACGGUGCAGGCCAUAUUAACCCCGCACUAGCAACCCAACCUGGAUUAAUAUACGAUGCUGGAGAGAUCGAUUAUGUUAAAUUCUUGUGUGGACAAGGAUAUACCUCUAGACAACUCGAGCUCAUAACAGGAACUAAAAGUAGUUGUUCCAAAGAGAUGAACGGAACGGUGUGGGAUCUAAACUACCCUUCCUUCACAUUAUCCACAACUCCCGGAAAUUCAGUCACUAGAGUGUUUCAUCGGACGGUGACAAACGUUGGUUCGGCUGUGUCGACUUACAAGGCGGUCGUUAAGUCUCCACUGGGGCUCGUUAUCCAGAUUCAACCAAGUGUACUUUCCUUUAAAUCUAUUGGCCAAAAGCUAUCCUUUACGGUGACCGUUGGAGCUGAAGUCGGUAACUCUAUGAUCUCCGGGGCUUUGAUUUGGGACGAUGGAGUGCAUCAAGUGAGGAGCCCCAUUGUUGCUUAUGCAAAAAUUUACUAGGAUAAUCAAGGCCAAGGGAAACCAAAAUAAAUAAAUAAAUAAAUUUUAAUAAU